GCAAAGCUGAAGUUUAACUGUACGUAGCUUGACCUUGACCGAAAGCUGCUGCUGCUAUUGGUAAUUGCUUACUUAACAUCUACAACAUGCGUUUUGAGCCGCUGGGUCAGAAAAUGUUUUCACGCCGCAAUUGGCUGCUGCGUUGCAGUAUACUCAUCAAUGUGGCCGUGCUACUAUACAUCGGCAGUCAUGUGAUGAUUGGCGGUGGCAAUAAUUUCACCAGCGGCGGUGGCUUUCUGCUGCAAGAGCAACAGCCAGCGGCUUCGGCGUUACAGGCUUCAUCUAUGCAACCACAACAGCAGCAGCCCACGCCCAAGAAUCUGAAUGAGGCGGCUUAUGUGGAGGAAAAACUUUUGCCCAGAGUGCAUCCUGAGCCUGUGGCGCCGCCAGUACCUGUGUGCAAUGACAGCGGCGGCAUGCCAGAGCCUGGCCAAGUAGUGGGCAACAUAGGAGCUGCUGGUACUAGCACUGGCAGCAGCAGUAGCGGCACCGCUGAGGUAAACAAUACACAAGCCGAUGGCUACAUAGUCACUGGCGACGAAAAGGAGCUGGAGGAGCGACUGCGCUCGCUGCUCAACUGCUACGAGCGUGACUACGAUCAGCAGACGCUGCAACGUGGCGACUUCUGGGUGCUGCAGAACUAUGUGAGAGCCGAUCAUGGCGAGCUCAAGUGCCAUGAGUCCAUAACGUACACAACGCAUGCGGAUUACACUUUUCUGGACAAUCUAGUGCCGCUGCUGGAACGCUGGAAUGCGCCCAUUAGCAUAGCCAUGCAUGCACCUGGUACAGAUUUCCAACCUACGCUGGACUCCAUUAAAUAUCUAAGGGACUGCGUGCCAGGCAAUCAACUGGUGCGCGCCUUUGCCACCUUUCACGUUUACUUUGGCACCAAGCACAUACCCAAGUCGGUGCCCAAGGCACAUGAUGCGCUCAAAACGGGCUACAACUGCUCACUGCCAGCGCCCUACUUCAACAUAAGCUCCGGCCAUUUGUACAAGGCGCAAAAGAAGCUGCUGUAUCCAGUUAAUGUAGGACGCAACAUAGCACGCGAUGCAGCGCUAACACAUUUUAUACUCGCCUCGGAUAUAGAGCUGUAUCCGAAUCCAGGACUAGUGAAGAAGUUUCUGGAGAUGAUAGCGCGCAAUGAGCCGUACCUUCGACGCAGUGCGCCCAGAGUCUUUCCACUUAGCAUAUUUGAGGUGGACGAGAACUCACCCGUGCCGCACGACAAAACGGAGCUGCAGGAAUUUCUGCGCACAGGCAAAGCCAUACCCUUCCAUAAGCGCGUGUGCGCCAGUUGUCAUGGCGUGCCCAAGUCCAAGGAAUGGAUGGCAGCCAAUGAAACAGACGAGCUGAGCGUCUUUCACAUAGGCAAGCGCACUGGUUACUAUGUGCACUGGGAGCCCAUCUACAUAGGCACACAUGCCGAUCCGCACUACGACGAGCGGCUGAGCUGGGAGGGCAAAAGCGACAAGAUGACGCAGGGCUACUCGCUGUGUGUGCUGGACUACGAGUUCCAUAUACUGGACAAUGCUUUUCUGGUGCACAAGCCGGGCAUAAAAGUGCUGAAGAAGGACAAUCGGCGUGCCAUGCUGGCGGGCAAAACGAAUCAGCUGAUACGCAAAAUAAUCUAUCCGGAAUUGAAGAUCAUGUACGGCAUGCGCAAAGGCUGUGCGAUAUAGUAACUAAUGCUGCAGCGCAGUUGAGCAUUGAGCAUGCUAUUGAAAAGACUACAAAAGGAGCGAAUGAAGCAGCAGCAGCAGCAAGCGGCGGCAGCAGCAGCAGCAGCAAGAAGAAAAUCAAAACACUAAAACUAAUUGCUAUAGAGCGAACAGAAUGAUUGUUAGUUAAUUACUUAGCUUAUGGCAUUAGCUGUGCGUCUGUCUGUGUGACUGAGUUUUUGUAUGCGUGCGUGUGUUUGUUAGUAUUAGUUAGGUUUAGUUGUAUGUGUGUAGCGCAAUUGUAUGAUUGUUUUUUCUACUCGAUAUGCUUAAGAGCAGCCUUAGGAGCACGGCUUAAGUACGUUAAACGUAGUUAGUUGUUGUCAUUUUUAUAUAAAUCCUCAAAUAUACAAAAAAGAAAAGCCUAAAGUUUAAAGUUAGUUAGUUAGUUAGCCAGAAGCUGCCAUAUACAGCUGUAAAAUGGGCAAACAGUUCCCAUUUAUAGGCUUAUAGAAUUCUUCUGCAGUCCAUGUUUCAAUUCGUUUUCUCUACAUAGUCAUUAUGAUUUAUGCAUAAUUUAACUAAACACAACAUCCAUAUCAUAUUUAUAUAUUACUUAGUACUACUACUUGAAUACUCGUAUUGUUUUCCAAUAUUCCACCAGACACAAGCAACACUUUGUAUACCAAGGCGCCAACACAGUCGUCUAACCAUUUUAUGUGCGCAGCUAGCCCAGCCUAGAACUUGAGACAGUGUUUGGCCCAAAGCCAGACCAAAUUGUAGCUUCCCUACAGGCAUCACCACCCAUUGCUACCGAUUUCUGGUUUAGCGCGCGAAAACUAAACUUAAUACAUAGACUUGAAACUAAACUUAGCAAGCUGAAAGAGUUGACAUAUGCAUAGAGUAUAGAGUUUUAGUGCAGUUAAGGCAAUUGAAGCAGAAAAGUGAAAAAAGAAAAACAAUUAAUUGAGAAAUGCAUAAAUGCAAAACCGUGAUAUUUGUACUAGUAAAGGCGUUGAUGUGUUUAUCAAGAGCAUUAAUUAAAACACACAAAUUAAAAAUGAAACAAAUCAUAUGCAUUCAAACAAAAGUUUUGUAUAUGGUUUUGUAUAUUUUCUAUUAAGAGUUGUUUAUUAAGUCGAACCUUAGUGCACAUAUAAAUGUUGUAAACAUAACGAGAAAUCAAGACAAGCCCAACUGCCUGUCGAUUUUGUUGUUUAGGCCUAAACUAUGGUUAAUGGAAAAGCAUUUUAGUGGCGCUACACAAAGGCCAAAGUGCAAAAGCUAGAAUUUGUUGACGUUGACAAGUAGAAAAGUAACAAAAAAUAUUCAUCAGCCUCUAACUAGUAUGUUGUUGCUAAAUUAGAGUUUAAUUAAAUACAAUAUUGAUGCAAGAAAAUGGGGAACAACAUACAAUUAUAAAUUGCUGUUUUUGUGAGCUAUUAGUAUGUCUUAGUCUAUAUAGCAUACCAAUCUACUUAUAAUGUUUAAACUUAAGUCCAAGCAAGCUAAAUACAUAACGGAAUUUCUCUUGAUUUUAAUGCGCUCAACAACAAAAACAACAACAACAACAAUUGCAAUUAGCCAAACAACUACUAAACUAAAUGAAAAAACAAAAAGAAUUGUUAAACAUACAAAACAUAAACUGUAUGAAUAAAGUAUUAAAGUGCCUUAGAAUGAAAACAUAAACAAAAAAAAAAAAACACAAUGUAAAGAGAUUUCAGUUACUGCAACAGCAAAUUGUUUGUCAGCCUAUUUUUUAUAAACAGAACAAAAUCAAAAACACGUAUUAUAUAUGGCAUUAUGUUUAGGCCAAUUUCAAGAGCAUUAUUUUUGUACAUAAAACAAACAAGAGCAACAACAUAUUUAUCAAUUAUAUACAUUAUGUAUUGCAAAUUGUAUUAAUUAUGAACUACAUUUGUUUAGUUAGCAAUUGAUCGAAGUCAUAUCCUAUUGAUUGAGUCUUCUGAUUAGCUAGCCUGCCAAUUUGACUACUGUAUUUACUUACUAUGAUUUACUUCCUAUGCUUAAUUGUAAACUACA